CUGGCUAAAGCGCAUCUAUUAAAUUUCAAGGUGAUAGUACUCUUCAUGGAGAGUAGUGCAGAAACUCAGGGUCGUGUGCGCAAGAAAAGCCUUAGUGGUGAGAAGUACAUGGUUGUCUGGGACACAUUUAAAGGUGCUGAAUCACCAACUACCUUUCUACAUGUUGAAGAAUUAUCUGAUCCUGAUACAGCUUAUAAAAUAUUUUUCAAAAAUCACACUUGUUAUGAUCUAAUCCCAGUGAGUGCCAAGUUAAUCGUGUUCGAUGUUACAUUAAAUGUAAAGAAAGCAUUUUUCGCUUUAGUUUAUAAUGGUGUACGUGUUGCUAUUUUGUGGGAUUCUACUGAACAAAAACAUGUUGGCAUGUUGACAAUCACUGAUUUUAUACGUAUAUUACAUCGUUAUUAUCGUUCACCAGAUCAACCAAUAACGGAAUUAGAAAAACAUCAAAUUAAAACAUGGCGAGAACAAUUAGCAGAAUAUCAACGUCGUUCAUUGAUUUUUAUUACACCGGAAAAUACCUUAUUCGAUGCUGUAUGUAUGCUACUCAAGUAUAAAGUACAUCGUCUACCUGUUAUUGAUUCAAUUAGUGGCAAUCCAUUGCAUAUAUUGACACAUAAACGUAUACUGAAAUAUUUACAUAUUCAUCUUGCUGAACUUCCUUAUCCUUCAUUUAUGUCAAAAAAAUUAUCUGAUGUUAAUAUUGGUUCAAUGAAAAAUGUCUGUAAAGUGAAUCAUGAUUGUCCUGUUCAUAAAGCAUUACAAUAUUUCAUUGAACGUAAUGUUUCAGCAUUGCCUGUUAUCGAUCAAGAUGGUCAAUUAAUUGAUAUAUAUGCAAAAUUUGAUGUUAUUAAUUUGGCAGCUACACGAACUUAUCAAAAUUUGGAUAUUAGCGUGUAUGAAGCUCUGAAUUAUCGACGUGGAAAAUUUCAAGGUGUUGCUACAUGCAAGCUAGAUGAUACAAUGGAAGUGAUUGUCAAUAGAAUUGUUGAUGCUGGUGUACAUCGUUUAGUUGUUGUAAAUAGCAAUAAUCAAGUAUUAGGCAUUGUUUCACUAUCGGAUAUUUUAAGAUUUUUAAUUGGUGAACCAGAUUUAUCAAAAACAUUCAGUAGAAAUGUAUCACUAGAAACAUAAACAACGUUGAAGUCGACGUCGACGUGGAUGAUAGCAUUGGAACAACAGCAGCAACAAUAACAAAAAAGAAAUCUACGUGUUCAAUGUACAAUCAUGUAAAAUCAUGAAAGAAUUCCACCCACAGUAUCUCCGCGUUGUUUUCAAUUUCUUCUUUUGUGUAGUGUGUACUUCAGUCAUGCAACACACAUUUACAUCUUCCGCGUUUGUUUGCUUGUUAAUAUAUAUUUUUUUCUUGUUAUUUUAUUCUGUCUCUCCCUCUCUCUGAUCUUCAGUGAAUAUUAUUUGUUUACAUUUUCUGUUGUUUCCACAUUUUUGUUCGUGUGUAUGUGUGUGCGCGCAGUGCCAAUAUAUACACGGGCAACCUCUUUUUUCAAAAUCUUCAUUUUUUUCUGUUUGUUUGUGUGUUCUUGUCUCAACACAGUUUUGCCCUGUCUCUCUCUCCCUCUAUCUGUCUGUCUAUCUACCUAUCUAUCUCUGUCUAUAGUACUGUGGCGUGGAAAUUGAUUUUGUUUUAAUUUUUUUUCCAAAAUGACUUUUGUUCAAUUUUCAAUCAUUCUUGUAAAUUAAUUCUUAUUUCGAUUGUUUAUAGAAUAUAAUAUAUAUUGUACAAGUAGUAGUAGUAAGUAGUAUUAGUAGUAAGUAUUUGAAAUAAUCAAUGAUAAAAGUAAAUAUUAUCAACAAUGUGUUCAAGUUCUUAUCAAAUAUUUUUUGAUUAAAAAUAAAAGAGAUUGAUAUGCAUUUA